UUUAACAGUGACAUGACAUUGGUACGCGUUCGUUCGCCGGCGGAGUUCCAGCCAGUCCAGCAACUCUGCAAGAUGUACUAAUUUGAUUGAAGUAUUUUGAAGAUUCAUUUACGAAUUUCGACGUGCAUUUAUUAUAUGUCUGCAGCUUUAGCAAGUUUUAAACCUCAUAGAAAAUGAGUUUGGAAUCAAUUAAAUACCAAAGAGGUACCUUGGAGAUACUCGACCAACUGUUGCUACCUUUGCAAACUCGCUAUGUCAAGGUACAAGGAGUUGAAGAUGGUUGGAAAGUUAUAAACAAAAUGCAGGUCCGAGGAGCCCCCGCCAUAGCAAUAGUUGGCUGUUUGUCUCUUGCCAUUGAGUUAGAAAAAGACAACUGUAUUGAUAAGAAGGUCAUGAGGCAAGAGAUAGAAGGCAAGCUCAAUUACCUGGUGUCUGCACGGCCGACCGCCGUGAACAUAAAAUUAGCAGCAGAGGACCUGAUAAAUUUAGCUAAUACUCUAAGCGCCGACGAAAAUGUCUCGCCGAGCGACUUCAAAGAGAGAUUCAUCAGCAGCAUAGAGGGCAUGCUUGCGAAAGAUAUAAAUGACAACAAAGCCAUAGGAAGCUUUGGACGAGACGCCAUCUUGAAGAAUUUGGACGGCGACGGCCAAGUUAGGAUCCUAACACAUUGCAACACUGGGUCUUUGGCCACUGCGGGCUACGGCACCGCUCUUGGUGUUAUAAGGGCUUUGAAUGAAGUUAAACGUUUAGAACACGUAUACUGCACAGAGACACGGCCGUACAACCAAGGCGCUCGGCUCACAGCAUACGAACUGGUACACGAGAAGAUUCCUUCCACCCUCAUUGUGGACAGCAUGGUGUCCGCUCUCAUGCAUCUCAGGAAGAUCACCGCCGUGGUCGUGGGUGCUGAUCGUGUAGCUGGCAACGGCGACACGGCGAACAAAAUAGGGACGUACCAGAUAGCGAUAGUGGCGAAACACCACGGCGUUCCAUUCUAUGUCGCCGCACCUCUCACUUCCAUAGACUUGGCGCUCACGUCUGGAGACAAGAUCAAAAUUGAAGAGAGGCCUGAUAGGGAAAUGACGCAUAUUGGGGAACAUAGGAUCGCUGCCCAGGGCAUAAACUGUUGGAAUCCCGCGUUUGACGUCACACCCGCCAGUCUCAUCACCGGCAUCAUAACAGAAAACGGAGUUUUCGCACCAGAUAGGUUAAAAGAAUCUAUUUUAAUAUGAAUCAUGUUAUUAUUGAAACAUUAAGAGGAAAAUAUGCUUUUUUCGAAUACAGUGAUAUCGCGUUUGUAUUUGUGUGAGGCUUAAAUAUUGGAAAAUUGUAUUGCACUUUGAUCCGUCUGAAAUAUGCUGACAACUGGAACAUUUUUUAUAAUUUUACCUGUGACAACGCCGUUGCGUGUUUGCCUUUAGUGAUGUGUGAAAUAUACAGACAAUCGAUCUAAUCUAUAUCUUCCUUCACACAAAUAACGAAUACAGUGCUUUUGCCAAUAAAAGCUAGUCAGUUAAAGCUCCUGGUCUCGUGCGUAAAUUCGAGAUAAAAGAAAAUUGUAUCCUGUUUUUCUAACAUGUCACCUCGGCUAAAUACUUAGGAAUACUAUUCCUAUGGUAUAUCGAAACAAAGUACUGUAAUCUGUCAAUGCUUCAAAUAUUUUACAAACAAAACCGGCCAAGUGAGUAGGAUUUGCGUACGAAGUUUGCUGUAUCAUUAUCGAUAAAAACGGCAAAAAUCACGUUUGUUGUAUGAGAGCCCAUCACAUGUUUAUGUUAUGCUUUUUCUGAAAUACAACAUCUGUGAAAAAGACAACUGUCUAAUAAUUAUCACGGUUCAUGAGAUGCUGCCUGGUAACAGACGGACGGAUAGCGGGCUUAGAAAUAGGGCAGGAUCCUAUUUACCUAUUACUUCUUUUACCAUUGGGUAUGGAACCGUAAAAACUAUUCACUUUCAAGGUUUCUAUUAAUCAUUUGUAUAUUAUACUUAUUACGGAAUGAAUGAAUUUAUAAUGCAAAUAUGACGAUCGUUUUUAUACUUAACCUUUUAUUAGCAGCUUGACCAGCAUCAUUAGGUUAUACAUUCCCAAUCAUAAAUUUCAGUAAUAAAUAUUUUAUUCAUGAAUCAUGAUACACUUUUUCUAACAAUGCUCAAGCACAUUAAUUCGGUGACAAGAGUUUUUUGUCUGUCUGAUUAUAUGCGAUAAUUGAAUUGGUUUGUAAGUUGAUAAGUAUAUUCGAUUUGCAACUGUAGAGGCUUCCAAACUGUAAAUAUUAAAUGAAGGAUGUACUGCCAAAAAUUUGUAGUCUAUAAUAGAUUUUGGUGCUAAUACAUUUUAUACUGAACCAACAAUGCUUUUAUACUGAAAUGCUUUAUGAAUUUUAUUACGUACCUUCUGUAUGUGAAGGUUGUUUAUUAAAGUGCCUUGCGAAUACUUUAGAUCUAUUAAGAUAUAUACUCACAAAAAAUACCAAAGAAGAAUGCUCAAAACUCAGCGCGGCCAGAAAAGGACAUAUACCCACUAUAUGUAGGUAUAUCAGAUAUUUUUAUAUUAUAAAACAGUUAUAUUCUAUUUAUGUAUUUCUAACUAAAUUACUAUAUAAAAUAACUUAUUCUAAAGAAGUUUUAUUUUUUCUAUACACAACACACGGACCUUUAGAAAAAAUUGCAACUUCACACUAGACACUGAAAUUUUUAAGUAUAUUGUAACAAAAUUUCUAAAUUCUGACAUAUAUUGAUACUUGUUUCUUUUUUCUGUUUUCUCUAGAUUUUUUUCCAUACUUUUGUGAGCAUUGUCCUUUGUUUAGUAGGAUAAGUAAAUAAAUAUACACAAUAUUGACAUGACAAUAUUGUGUAUAUUAUUAAAUAUUGUAACUUUUAGUUUAAAAUCAAUAGCUUAUUUUUGCACAUUAUUUUCAUAAUUUAAUUCAGUACCUACCUUAUAGCUACAAAUGAGUGUAGAUAUAUAAUGUACAGUCAACAGCACAUCAAGUUACCCUGUCUGUAUGAACCUCUAUGACGGUAACAUUGUUUGCAAUGAAUUUUGGUAAGUUGAUGUGCUGUUGACUGUACCUACCUUGACUGAUAUUAUACUACAACUAUAUUGAAUAUAAAUAAUCUGUGCCUGAUUGAACGUAAUUGUACUAUUCUGAUAUUUAUUAUUAAAUACAACUUUAUACCUACAUAAUGUGUAUUAAAAUAUAAAUUGUUAAAA